GGUUCAGAAAAGUGUCUUCACCAUUCAUCUAUAAAUAGGGAACAGGUUUUGCAAGACAGGGCACAUACAUUAUCACGAUACUUGCAAAGCCUGUAAUAGAAAAUGGCCAGCAAUAAUGCCCUGCAUGUAUUAGUGACUAUACUAGCUUUCUCUUACCUUUUUUUCUUCAUUGAUCUCGCAACUUCAAGUAAUUCUUUUAGUCCUUAUUGGGCUAUACUCCUUGACCAAGAAAGUCGACCUAUUCCUUCACCAGAAGAUACGUUUCAGAUGAGUAAAGCAGAAAAUAUGAGGGAAAUCAUGGACAUGGUAGAGGAUGAGUUCUUUCGCAGCAGGAUGGAUCUCGAGAUUAUCAACAGGGACUAUCCUGGAUCAGGAGCAAACAACCGUCAUACGCCAAAUCCACCUGUUAAAGACUAAGUUGUUGAAAUUCUAAGCAGAAGCAGCUAAUGCUGCUUCUGAUUUAUGUAAUAAUAUGUAUAGCACAUUUUGCUUCUAAUUAAGCCUCCAUCCGUGGGGGCCUAAUCGACUACUACUAGCUUUCCUGUAUUAAAUCUAUGAGCAAAACCUCGUACUGCAUGUAUCACUACUUUCUAGGUCUGGUGUUAUUUUAAUCUACGUUCAUGGUCCGAGGUGGAUGGAGCCAAUACAUGUAUCUUAAAUGCUCUGGUAAGAGGGUGUGAAGAUUGUUAUAUCAGCUUUGUUAGCAUCUCAACUCUUGUCUGUCCACAUCAAUAAAAGUGUUUCAGUUCUAGUUCGA